CACUAGCGAAGCCGCACCAAGGAGUCUUCCUGAAGAGGAGAAGAAGUGCUCUCCUACUCCUGUCACGACUAGUCCAGAUUCCACCUUUCCGCCUGAGGAACAAGCACAACAAUAUGCGCACGACCUAAACGCUGCUGUGCCUUCUCAGCUGUGUGGAGCAGAGUUCUGGGCUGUGGUGUUGGAUGAAAAAGAAGAUGAAAACGUAGACCUCCAUUAUGACAAAGAUUACGUCAUGGAACAGGAGUAUAAGGUAAAUUUGCAUCCCAUGCUCGGAUCGGUGUUGUACUUGACGGAUCACGGAACGCCAACGGUGGUGGUGGACAGGAAGGAGGCGUACGUAAAUGCGCCAGGUGUCGUGAAACUGAAAGAAGGUAAAAAUUCUUCGAGGACAGAAUCUUCGUGGUCAACACUAGAAGAAGCUUGCCUUGUAGCGUACCCGAGAGUUGGUAAACAUCUGGUCUUCGACGGCCAACUGCUCCACUUCGCUGAUGGCGCAUUUAGACAGGCGAAGCCCACAAAUGGUGAGCGCAUUGCUUUGUUGGUAAAUCUCUGGGUUGGCCAUAAGCCCUUGUGCUGUACCAGACUGUCGAGUAAGAGGGUUGAGAGGCUGUUGGAGGCUGAGAAGAAACCGGCAGAACAACUAGCCGCUGCAGGUGCAGAGAACUCAAACGCCUGCUUAUUGAACUUUUCCUCCCCUGGUCUUGUCCACUACUUCCCCGAUGAAGACGACCUGGAUGUUAGAAGACGUGGUGUUGCAAGUAGCGAAGACAAGAUGAAUGCAAAUGCUUCCACAACUUGUAGUAAAAAGAUGAGUUCUUCUUACUCGUGGAGGAGGGAGACUUUCAAGAGUGCUACUGGUUCGCACAAGUUCACAACUCACUUCGUCACGAACCUGCCACAAGAAGAAGUUUCAUCCGUUUUUUACCGAGAAAAGGAGAUUAUUGAAGCUGCUGUUGAACCGCCAAUGAAAAAGACGAAGAAAGUAGCGAAGAAGAAGAAAAAGGCCAGCGAAGAAGACCAAGCCGGCCCACUAGAUGAAGAGUUGCUAGACGACUUGAUCCAGCAAGGGGAGGCACUAAAACAAGUGUUUUUGACAACAGAAUUCCCGUUGCGACGUGCAACUCCCCAGGGAGACGUGAAGGAAUCUUCAGAGAAGAUUGUUGCUGUGCAACUGACACAGUAGAUUUGAUUUGAUGAGCACUAUUACUUAAGAUUAACAUCAAGCUACUUCCAGUUCUCACUCCCAGGAAUAACUACGAGACCUUGCACUUAUUGCAUGUUGUUGACGUGAACAUUUUUACUAUUGACGGUUACACCCCGACCCACAUUUGUUUCUACCCUUCAAACAAAACUGGUGAAACUGCAUCAUCCUGCUGGGCAAUACUUACAGGCUUCGGC